AAAUUUUCCUGAGUAGUGCAAACCGUAAGCUUGGCAUUAUAGUUUCACUUUCGUUUCAUUGCCACACCAGAAUACCAGGCUAUCAGGACACCAGGCUUUCCGAGCAGAUGGAUGAAGAUGGAGGAGAUGGACCUGGAGGAGGAUGUUUUGGAUGUGGUGGACCAGGAGGCUAGCACAAUAGUGGACAUUUUGUGUGAGCAGAGAGAUAAUGUUCUACAGCAGAUCUUUCCCUUGGUGGAUGCUCGGACUCGAGAGCAGUUACAGCACCUACCAAAUAACAGGGAGUCUAUCUCAGGUCUUGUAGAUUACUUCAGAACAUCAGACCAACACACAUGCCGCCAUUUUCUGGACACUAUUUGGUCUUUCUGUGAGAAUAUUCCCUUAGAGCUGGACAUACGUAUUGUAAAUCUUGCAGGAUCUUCAGCUGGAGCAUUCGUAAACAACCCUCAUGUGCCAGAUACUGAAAACUCCCCUCAGCCACGUUAUGGAAAACGUGCACGUCUAGACCAGGUGCAGAGUUACACAAAUGCUGUUAAGAGUUUUCUGCAGAAGAAAUUUGAGAAGGUGACAAAAGAUAUAAAGAAAAAGGUUUGUCUAAACAAUACAUGGCUGUGCUGGAGGACACAAAAAUAUGCACGGGUGAGAGACAGACCAACAAAGUCUCAGGAAGGGGAAGAGGUUUCACUAGAGCAUAAAGAGUCGGUUGAGGCUCUGUUGAUGAAAACAGGCAGAGUGGUAAUGCUAUCAGGUCAGGCUGGCUCUGGUAAAACCUUGUUGAUGCAUUGCCUGGCCCACCACUGGGCUCAGGGCUCUUACCCCUCUAUCGAGCUACUCUUCCUGCUGGAGUUUCGCCAGCUCAACCUUAUUUCACAGCCAUUGUCUCUUAAGGAGUUGUUGUUUCGUUUCUUUCUUCCCUCUGAUGAAGACGAUGAGCAAAGUGAAGCAGUGCUCAAUUAUGUUCUCUCCAACCCUGAGAAAAUUUGCUUUAUAUUUGAUGGAUAUGAUGAGUUUGGGGCAAGAUUUAAAGACCCAAAGGAGCUUGAAUGCUCUGUAAAUCCUUACCAGCAGCUGCCAUUGGCUGAUCUCCUCUCUGCACUAUGCAGCGCCAAGAUCCUGCCCGGGUGCACAGUGCUGGUCACUUGUAGGCCACGGGAUGUUUUUGACCUAUUUGGAAGUUCUGAUUAUUUAGUUGCAGAGCUGCUUGGGUUCAAUCAACAACGUGUGAAGGAAUACACUCAGGAGUACUUCCAAGAAAAGGGACGUGAAAUUAAAGAAAGAGCGGUUAGCUUGCUGAUGGACAGCCAUCACCUGCUGUCCAUGUCCCAUGUUCCAGGAUUAUGUCAUGUUUGCUGUGUCUGCUUGGAUCAUUUCCUCACCAGUGAUAUGUCUCAGCAACCUGGCACUCAGCUACCAACAUCCUUGACCCAAAUCUACCUCCACAUCCUCUCUGCUUUUAUUAGUCGAUGCCAUGGUUGUGGAUCCUCUGAUAAUCAUACCCCAUUACUUCAGAGAUAUAGGGUUCAAAUUGCUAUGUUGAGUAAGCUUGCUAUGGAUGGCCUGGAGAACAGCCGUAUCGUAUUCCCGGCAAAUGAACUGACUACAGAGCUAAUGAACUUUGGUGCCAAUGCUGGAAUUCUGUCCCGUUUGGAUCUCACUUGUGGAGAUGGAUCGCGACGUCUGGGCUGUGCCUUUACGCACCUAACCAUGCAAGAGUUUAUGGCUGCUUUGCAUCUUAUGACGAACCCCGACAUCACAGAGUCACAGCUCAAGAAGAAACUUAACCUGAAAAGCCGAUGGACUGCUAAGACUGAUCCAAAAACUGUGUUCACAGACUCCCUUCACCUGUAUAUGUGUGGACUCGCUGCAGAAGCUUGCACUUUAAAUCUUGUCCUGCUGGAAGGCAGUGAGAAUGCAAGAGCUAUUGUUCUGAAGCGACAAGAUGCUGUACUUAAGACUUUGCAGCGCUUUGUGGUUAGUGGCCGUCAAACAGGUCCCAAGAUUAUUGAGCUCUGCCGUUGUGCCCAUGAAACACAAAACAUUGAUUUGGCCAGGGCUAUUGGUUCAAGAGAUCGGUUUGAGCUGCGGAAUAUAAGACUCAACCCUGUGGACAUUGACGCCUUGGCAUUUGUAAUUUCAUCUGCAAAUCAGAUGGUAUGUCUGGACUUUGGCGCCUGUUGCAUCGAGCCAGAGUGUUUGAACAUCAUUCCCAACUGCAAGAACCUGGAAGAGCUCAAUUUUCGUAGCCGUAAGUAUGAUGACAAGUUUGCAGAUGCUUUGUCUGGUAUCCUGCCCAAACUUCAGAGCCUGAAGCAGUUACACUUUAUUAGUGGUGGCCUCACUAAUAUUGGAGCUGCAAAACUUUUCAAGGCUUUGGAGUGCUGCCCACAAAUCACACACCUCAAUGUCAGUGAUAACUACCUAACAGAUGAAAGCGUAAAAAAGAUCACCGAGAUGUUUCCCAAGCUGGCUAAACUCACAUCUGUCAUCUUGGGGAAGAACAACAUUUCCAUAAAUGGAAUAUUUAUACUAGCUGGAAAAAUGGCAGCCUUUCCAAACAUUAAGGAAGUCUAUGCAAAUGCAAAAAAAAAGGAAAUCAAUGUUCAGUUCUCUGCAAACACCACAAACAGUGCGAGCACAGAUGACCUAAACAACACUGAAGAAUCAAAGCAGCUAAUCUUGAACGACUGGAAUCUCAAAUGGACAAAUGUGCACAAUCUGUGCCCUAUGCUCAGAGGCUGCUCCUCUCUCACUGUCCUAAAUUUGUCCCACAACACACUGGGGAACAGAGGUCUAAAGAAGUUGCUCGAACAUCUGCCUACUCUUGACACCAUUCAAGAAAUCAAUGUCAGUGACAACGGAGUGGAUAUGGAUGGGGUGGUGCUUCUCUCAACUCUUCUCUGUACUCUCAAAGACCUGACUGAAGUAGAAGCUAGCCACAACGGAAAGAAGAAACUGGUCUUGACGUUUAGCUCUAGCAGAAGUGAUGCAUUAAAGCAGUUAACCUCAGAGGGGUGUGAUAUUCCGCACAAGAAACUCAGCUUAACUCAUAGUGAUAUACACCCCACUGACAUGAACAAGCUGUGUAAGAAUCUGAUCAAGUGCCCAAAUCCUCUAAACCUGGAUUUGUCUCAUGGAAUAUUAAAGGAUGAGUCUACUGAAAAGCUACUAAGGUUUCUUCCAAACAUGGCAUCUCUCAAUCUACUAAAUUUAAGUCACAUCCAGAUGUCAACAGAUAGUGCUUUGUUAUUGGUCCAAUUGCUUUCUGAUUGCCAGCGCACUACAACUGUGGAACUCAGACAACUGGGAGAAACGUUUAUUAAGUUUCUCCAAGCCAAAUCAGAAGCUGCAACAUGCAAGUUUAACCAAUAUAGGCUGAGCAGUGCCAAUCUGGCAAAGCUCUGUGAGAUACUGGAGCACUGCCAUCAUCUGACUGAUCUGGAUUUGUCCAGUAACUUCCUUAAAGAUGAGGAUGUGAAGACCUUUGUUCAAUUUCUGCCCAAGCUUCAGAUCUCAGGUUCAGUGAGCCUCAACAAUAACAAUCUAACCGAAGUAGGAGUACUCUACCUGCUGAGCCUAAUGCACACAUGUGAAAGGGUGGCUGCCGUGGAAGUGAGUCUUGGAAAGGAGGAGCAGCAGGCUCUGAUUCGCUUUGUUCAGAAGAAUUCUACAGGCAAAAUGUUCAGUCUGAGGCAUUGUUGUUUUGAGUCAAGCCAUUUGCAAAGUCUUGUGAAUAUACUUACCAGUUGUCCCAAACUUACACUAGAGUUAUCAUCAUGCACUGUGCAAAGUCAAAAUCUGCUGUUUCUACUGAACAAGCUGGCUACACUGAACUCAGUGCAAACUCUAGAGCUAAGAAACAAUUCUUUCAAUGCUGACACGAUUAAGUAUUUGGUUACUGAGUUCUGUGGGGAUUGUAAUCACAGAACAAUUCGGAUAAUGGAGCCAUGGAUUAAAGGGGAAGCUGCUGUUGGCCUUGUGCAGUGCUGCCUGGAACUGAAUCCAAACAUAAAGGAGAUCAGAGUUGAAAAAACAUGUCUUAAACUUUCUGUUGAAAGCCUCGUCUCUGCCACAAUCCCUAAUGAAUGGGAGAAUGGGAAUUGUUCCCUUUCUGCUGUGCACUCUAUAAGUUUUGAUGACUGUGACGUUGAGGGGCAGCACUUAUCCUCACUACAGUCUACUCUCAAGAAUUGUCCCUCUCUGCAGGAAUUACAUUUCUCUCAGCUGACGAUGGGUGCAGAUGGUGCAGAGUUUCUCUCUUCAGUUCUUCCCUCGCUGAAGAAUCUCAAGAUCCUCAGUCUUAGUUCCAAAGGAGAAACAGAAGAUGAAGCAGUAAUAUUUGCAUUACAGCAUGCACAAAAGCACCUGGAACAGCUGAGCUUGGCCCAUCAUGUAAUUAAAGACAGAGGAGCUGCAGUAUUAGGGAAUGCCCUUCAGGGUUUCACAAGAAUGCGAUCACUCAGUCUCUUAAAGUGCUUGGAUUGCACUGCAACAGGAGGGCGUGAUUUGGUCCGUGGUCUGGUCCAGUGCCGCUCUCUGGAAGAAAUUCGGCUGGACUCUUUAGAAUUGGAUGAAGAAAGCGUAGAUUGCUUUGCACAAGGCCUUCAGGCCAUGACAUCACUCAAAAAGAUCAGUUUGAAUAAGACGAUCUCAAAGGAGGGCAGUGGGGUUCUGUGUCUGCUGGCUAGUCUGCACACAUUAAUUGAGCUAGAAGAAAUAGAAUUGAUCGGAUUGAGAAUGGGUGAUCGAGGGAUUGAGGAGCUUGUGAAAUACAUCCCUAAAUGGACCAGACUAAGAAAAAUAAAUCUGUCAGAGAACCGUGUGAGUGACCAUGCUGGAGAGAUGUUGGUGAAAGCGCUGUCCCACUGCAGAGCACUGCAACAAAUACAUCUUUUCAGGAACAACCUUGGUCACAGAUCUGCAGCUGUACUGGGUCAGGUUCUUCCAUCCCUCUCUGAGCUCUCUGAAUUGGAUCUAUCUGAGAACCAAAUGGAAUCAAAAGGUUGUUCAAGUGUCUGUGAGGCUCUGGUCAGCAUGAAGGCACUAAAAAAACUACACUUAACCUCCAUUGGAACCUCAGACUUGGUCAAUGUUGCAUCUUGCCUCAAACACUGCACCUCUAUAGAGGACAUCAGCUUGUCAUGGAAUAACUGUGAAAAUGAUGUGGUUCUGAAACUGGCUGAAGUUCUGCCACAAUGCAGUAAACUGAAAAGACUUGAUCUGGAGGCCAAUAAUAUCAACACAUCGGGAGCCAUGGCCCUUGCUACAUGUUUGCAGUUUUGUCCUUGGAUUGAAGUGAUCAGACUUUGGAGGAAUCCCAUUAAAAAGGAUGACCUGAUUUUGAAAGACAAGAGGCUGAAUUUCUCAUCGACCUAAUCUGAAAAACACUUGAGCUUGUGUCUUUUUUUAAAAUGUUUACAUUCAUAUUUAUGUCUUUCUGUUUCAAUUAGAAUAUGGAGGUAUUUUGUUUACAUUCAUUUGGAGAACACAUUACCUCAGUAUACCAAUAACUAUACCACACCACAGUUUAUCUAAUUGUCUGGGAUUCAGAGGUUUAUGGAAGCGAUGUGAACAAUCCAUUUUAGCACCUUAACAGAUAGUGAACAUCUCACUAUAGAGCCAUGCCUGCAUGUUCAGAGACAUAAUAAUGACCAGUCAUGUACUGUUACAAGGGCCAUUUUUGAGAACACACAGUAUGCUAACCACAAUAGGUUUCUAGUUGUCACACACAAACUGCUGAUUAUGCUUAGGCUGCAUUUACUGUUUGAAGCUUGAAACUCUUUUAACUUCCAGUCUUCCAUACUCAUUGUCUAAUUAUUUUUAAUAUCCCAUAUAACUGUGAACGUGCAGAUUGGCUGUGAGAUAAUCAGAUUUAACGAACUAAUAACGGCAGCUUAUAAAUUAUCACCAAAAUCAGAAGUCUGUUUCUUUAUAUGAUCCUUCCAUCAACCCAUUCUCGACUUCUCCUGGUUGUGUUCUCCUGCAGAUCUCAUAUUUAUUUGUUUUUCCUUAUUAAAAUAUCUUAAGAAUUGCACUGCAAAAUUAAACAUACAAUUGCAUCAAUGAAUGUGAAUGUGGUGGUGUUUUGUUUGUUUUUUUUUUACCUGAUAUGAAACUAAGGCCUGGCUUAAUAAACUUUUAGUGAGUAAAGUAUUAGUAA